CUUCACGUCUCUUUCUUGUAAAGACACUGGACUGUAGUGACCGUUGUGUUGACACUAUUUAUUUAUUUAUUUAUUUUUAAACGAGAUUUCACGAAAAUGCUCUUGAAAUAAUCUAAAUUUUAAAAGAAAUCGAUUAAAAUAAUACAAUAAUAAACAUGAGUGUCUGCUUAUUAAAUGAUAUAAACGAAACUGCUGCAUCAAACGAUAGUUGUUUAUUCAUUAUUAAACCAAACGUUACCAAGAACAUUUUGAGAGCACCCGAAGAUGCAAUCUUUUUCGCUCAUCCGGAAGAGAUGCUGAUACCAUGGGUUAUAAAUGAGUAUUUCUUUCCCAUUAUAGUCACUUACAUUAUCACAUUUGUGAUAGGCGUAACAGGAAAUGUUAUUGUUAUUGUGGUAUUGCUUCGUAAUCGUGCAGCCAGUAACGCAACAAGCAUUUUCUUGGUGAGUUUAGCUGUUGCUGAUCUUCUCCUCUUGGUUAUCUGUGCACCACUAGAUGUAGCUCAUUAUUUCGUAAUUUCUUGGGAUACACAAGGCACUAUCUGCAAAUUAACUGCUUAUGCUGAAACUCUUUCUGCAUUUGCAUCAGUUUUUAAUUUAUCUGCAGUUACUCUAGAAAGAUUUGUGGUUAUCGUAUUCCCUAUAAGAUCUCGUUCCCUGUGCACAGUUAGUAAUUGUAAGAAGUUAAUGGUUGGAGUUUGGAUAUUAUCACUUUUAUUAGCUGCACCGAUGGUUGCUGUCAAUAACAUGGAGAAGACGAUUGUUUCUAAUUACAGAAUCACAGUGACCUUAUUCUUGUGUAAGGAUUUAAGAGAUUGGAGAGGAUUUGUUAUUGCUGUCUAUAGAUUUUCAGCCCUUUUUGCCAUUCCUUCGGUUCUAAUGAUUGUUUGUUAUAGUUGGGUAAUUAUUGAAUUGUGGAUUAGCACCAAAACAAUGGAUGAGCUGACUAAUACUUUUAGGGAGUCGUCUAGCCAACAGAGAUUUGUCGUAAGCAGAAAUUCUCAGAGCCCAAAUCAUGGUAACAAAAAACUCAUACUUAGAAGCCAUGUCAGCGCAGAUAUACAAGAUGUCAAGAGAGCCAGACAACAAGUCAUAAAGAUGUUAAUUCUGAUUGUUAUACUGUUUCUGGUAUGUUGGGGACCUCGGCUUAUUCUGGAUAUUAUUAAAAAAUGUUGUCUAGACGUAUAUAAUCAUGGAACAUAUACUAUUCGUUUUAUAUUUUAUUUAUUACCCUUCGUACACAGUUGCCUCAAUCCUAUCGUAUAUUGUUUCAUGUCUACAAAAUUUAGAAAGAAGAUGUUACGUUAUUUCCACAGAACAUGUAGAAGAACGACAAUCUUUUCUUCUUGUUACCCUAAUAAUAAAUUAAAUUGCAGACAGCCGAGGUUAAAAAGUGUCACUAGUCGUAACGAAGUUACGCAUAUUAGUUCUACCUAUACUUUUACAUCAUUGGCAUCUUCCAUGACAUUUAGUCCCACGGGAGAUGUAUCUUUAAGGAAUCACGAUUACGCUACCAUAACUCUGUAAUCAUGUUACACGAUAAACUUUAUUUCUAUUUAUUUUUAGUAAAGAAAAAGUUAACUUUUUAUAUAGAGGAUGCAUCGUUACUAAAUUCAAUAAUCCUAAGAGAUGAUAAAGAAGAUAAAUAACGUAUGAAUGUAAGCUAUUUUACGAUAAAAUCUUGAAAAGAAUAAUAAUAAAAAAAUGGAAGUAAUCUCAAUGAUGAUUAAUUAAAGAAAUAAAAAUAGGAUAAAUUAUCUUUAAACCACUUUAUCUAAAUUCUAAAUCAUCAUAAAAUCUCAUAAAAUAUAUAUUAUUCGCAUAUAAUCUUGUGUAUUUGACAAAUAACUGUCGAUAAAUAUUAAAAUUUUUGAUUCUAUCAUCUGUAAAAUUAUUGUAUUUAGUAACAAUUCAUCCUGUAUAAGGUAAAUAAGCCAAUAAGAAUUCUGGCUCUCUAGAAGAAAACUGAUCUUGUACAAAUUACGAUAUAAAUAAUACAUAAGUGCCUAUUUAUCUUCAAAAUAUUAUUCAAAUAGUUUCCAUAAAUAUGGAGUUUAUAAUAAUAAUAAUAAUAAUAAUUCAUUUUCUGAAUGACAAUUUUCCAAAUGAAAAACUUCUAGAUAUUCAAUUUCUAGUCGAAUAAUUUUUCAAAAAUAUUUUAACACAAAAUGACAUGCUUUGGAUUGAAAUCAUCUUUUAAAGGACGAAUAAAUAUUACAGAUACAAAUAUAAAUAUAAUUAAAUUCACGUUUGUUCCAAUAAAUUUUAAAAUAAAUAGGAUUUUCAGAGUUUAUAUUGUUUAAUCGAAUAGUUGAAGGGAAGAUUUUUUGAAGCGUUAGAAAUAAAACAAAUGAAAAUAGAAUGUGAACAAUACAAAAAACAUUAACCACAUUAGAAGAUGAAUUCCUUGUUAUUCAACUAUGUAUAAUAUUUUAAGUCCCAUUUAUUUUAAAAGUAUGCGAAUAAUAUCUUUUCUUGACAGACAAAGUAUUCCUUUAACUAACACUUU